GAGGGUCAAACAGGGCAGGGGAGAGCACUGCACUGGAGUUACGCAGAGUGGGCAACCCCUUAGGUUUUACCCCUGCUGAUUGCUAAGAAGCGAAGGGCCUGGCAAAACCUAAAAGCGCCAGCGCCCGCCGUGUCAGGAAAUGCUCAGCAAAUGUGCGUUACGCGGGGAGGGGAGAGUUGAGGUCGGCUUCUGGAGCUCCGGAAAAGAUCGCGCACAAGGAGGGCAAGGCCAGAUCAGGGUCCCCACAGCCCGCACACUCUGGAUCCGGGCACCUGGCUCCGCCUUUGGCUGCCCUCAGCACCUUUGCCUUCAGCCAGGAGUGAACAUGAUCGCCGACUCUUCCGCCGGGGCGUGGGGUCAAAGGUCACGAAAGAUGGCGGCGCCCAGGAGCCGCUGAGGCGUGAAGCUGAGGAUGGCACUGGUGGCGCUGGCGGCGGGGGCUCGGCUGGGGCGCCGUCUGCGCGGGCCGGGGCCAGGGCGAGGGCACUGGACGGCGGCGGGGCGCUCCCGGAGCCGGCGCGAGGCGGCGGAGGCCGAGGCGGACGCGCCCGUGUUCCAGUACGUGGGCGAGCGCGCGGCCCGCGUGGACCGCAUCUUCGUGUGGGGCUUCAGCUUCUCGGGAGCGCUGGGCGUGCCCACCUUCGUGCUGCCCAGCUCCGCGCCCCAGCCCCGCGCCGGCUCGCGGCCGCGCCGCAGGAUCCAGCCCGUGCCUUACCGCUUGGACCUGGAGCAAAAGAUUUCAUCAGCUGCUUGUGGCUAUGGGUUCACUUUGCUGUCCUCUAAAACCAAGGAUGUUACGAAAGUUUGGGGUAUGGGACUCAACAAAGAUUCCCAGCUUGGAUUUCACAGGAGCCGGAAAGAUAAAGCAAAGGGAUACGAGUAUGUUUUGGAGCCCUCAGCAGUUCCACUGCCUCUGGACAGACCUCAGGAGACACAGGUGCUACAGGUCUCCUGUGGCAGAGCCCACUCUCUGGUCCUCACAGACAGCGAAGGAGUCUUCAGCAUGGGAAACAAUUCUUAUGGACAAUGUGGAAGAAAGGUGGUCGAAAAUGAAAUUUACAGUGAAAGUCACAAAGUCCAUAGAAUGCAGGACUUCGAUGGACGGGUGGUCCAGGUCGCCUGUGGUCAGGACCACAGUCUGUUCCUAACGGAUAAAGGAGAAGUCUAUUCUUGUGGAUGGGGCGCGGAUGGGCAAACAGGUCUGGGCCACUACAACAUCACCAGCGUACCCACCAGGCUGGGUGGAGACCUUGCCGGCGUGAGUGUUGUCCAGGUGGCCACCUACGGUGAUUGUUGCCUGGCUGUGUCUGCUGACGGAGGCCUCUUUGGCUGGGGCAACUCCGAGUACCUGCAGCUGGCCUCUGUCACUGACUCCACACAGGUGAAUGUGCCCCGGUGCUUACCUUUCUCGGGAGUAGGCAAGGUGAAGCAGGCUGCGUGUGGUGGGACUGGCUGUGCUGUGUUAAAUGGAGAAGGACAUGUUUUUGUCUGGGGCUAUGGAAUUCUUGGGAAAGGACCAAACCUAGUGGAAACUGCUCUUCCAGAAAUGAUUCCACCCACUCUCUUUGGCGUGACGGAGUUCAGCCCAGAAGUCCAGGUUUCCCGCAUUCGGUGUGGACUCAGCCACUUUGCUGCCCUUACCAACAAAGGAGAGCUGUUUGUGUGGGGCAAGAAUAUCCGAGGGUGCCUGGGAAUCGGCCGCCUGGAAGACCAGUAUUUCCCGUGGAGGGUGACGAUGCCUGGGGAGCCCGUGGAUGUGGCGUGUGGUGUGGAUCACAUGGUGACUCUGGCCAAGUCGUUCAUCUGAAUCUCCUACCUGCCCUGCUCAAGUCGGGCCCUGGCCUCAGAACCACCUGGACUGCUUAGCAGAGGCCCCCGUGGGACUGCGAUGGGCUCAGAGAGGAUCAGGCACCUUCCUGAAGUGUGACAGCCUCUGCUGAAGCCCUUACAGGCACAUAUCAGGAGUGCUGGGACGUGAUCCCUGCUCCAGCUCAAGGUGGGACCUGCUGAAUUCAGCACCGGACGGCUGCCUUUAUCUGGCCGAUCUCCAGCAAGACAAGUCCCAGGGCUGCGUGGCCCUGGCAGGGCACGGAUAAUUCACAUUUUUUGGCUCUUUCCGGGACACACAUGAUGGCUUCUGGUGUCACAUGUGCUCUGAGAAACUGGUCUCAGGAAAGCUUAGUUUCUCACGUCAUGCCAUUUUGUUUGAUCUUAAGAGACCUGACAGAAUGUAGGGCUCGGGAGGGCUUCUGUAUAGCACCUGGGGUCACGGCAGAGCUCUUGUUGGGCACGUAGGCAGGCGGUGCACGGGCACCGGGGGAGCCCCAGCCUGAGAGGGAGCCGGCCGGCUUCAGCCUGAGGUUUUAUUCAGGUUCCCCCUGCCCACCCAGCCACUUCCGGUCAGCUGCCCACAGCAAGUUCACUGCUGGGACACACGCCCAAAUCCCUGGGAUUGGGAUUCUCCCUGAAAAUACUGGUGGGCGUCAGCUUGGUAGUCCGUGAGCCCACGGCUUUCACCAGCCCCGUGGCCAUUCUCACUGCCUGGCUUGGAAAGUGGAGAAGCCCGUCCUCCCCCAGGAAGAGACGGAGGCCAGGUUCUUCGGGGGCUGAGGGCUCUGAACACAUCCCACAAGAGCUUGGCUGGAGGCCAGCCUUAGAGAAGGAAGAUUUCAAAAUUGUGAAAAAUAUUUGAGUUGGUGACUUGACUUGUCUUAUUCUUUAAAAA